CUCGCUUCUGAUCACUCAAACCCUUCUGACCUAUUUGCUGUCUGCCACAACACUGUCUAUUUUGGGUUAGUAGCUCAGAGGGCCACAGCAGCAGAGGGGGUACAUAUCUUUGUCUCUUGCAAUUGCUCAAACCCUCUCUAAGACCCUCGACUGACACAUUUGGGAACAUCAACAAUACAUGAAAAACAUGGACAUUUACUGGUCUUUUUAGACCAAAGAAAACACAGGAGCUGAUGUAUGAGACAACCUCCUGACCAGAGUGCUUAAAACUUCCUGUGUAACUUUUGAAAUAUUAUUGUGACUAAAAACGUUGAGGCAAAAUGGAUCUUACAGCCAAACAUGGGCUGGUGCUGCUGGACCAGCUGAGGAAGAUGAGGGAGAGUGAGCAUCUGACAGAUGUGGUGCUGGUUGCUGAGGGCAUUAGCUUUCCUUGUCACCGGGUCGUUCUAUCCGCCUUUAGUCCAUACUUCCGUGUGAUGUUCACAUGUGGCCUGCGUGAGUGCAACACCAGAGAAAUAUUCCUGCGUGACACCCCUGCAGACAGCCUGUCCCUCCUCUUGAACUACAUGUACUGCUCAAAUCUUCCUCUAACUAACAGCAAUGUACAAGGCAUCUCUAUUGCAGCUUUUCUGCUGCAGAUGGAUGACGUCUUUACUCGCUGUCAGCAGCACAUGACCGAGAACAUGGAUGCCUCCAACUGCCUUGGUGUGUAUUACUUUGCCCGGGACCUCGGUGCAGAGGAACUGGCUGACCAUGCUCAGCGCUUCCUGAGGCAGCACUUUGUCCAAGUCUGCCAAAAUGAGGAGGUCCUGGAGCUGGAGGCCCAUCAGCUGGGAAAGCUCCUGACUUCUGAUGACCUUAAUGUUUCACGAGAAGAGACCAUCUUGGAUGUGGUCCUUCGCUGGGUCAAACACAGCACUCUGAUGGAUGGAGAAGUCCGUGUUCUGCACCUUCCAGAGCUACUGAGGAAGGUCCGUCUGCCACUGAUAAACCCUGACUAUUUAAGAGAGGCGAUGAAGAGGAACACAGCCCUGCUGGCUGAUGCUGAAUGUCUAGAGAUGCUCAAUAAAGCCUUGGAGACCACAGCGAUGCAUCCCUCAGCUGCCCCGCGCAAACUAAAGCUGCGGUAUGGCAUGGAGACCACAGAUCUGCUGCUCUGUGUUGGAAACGAUGGUGGUGGGAUUAGGUCAAGAUAUGGGAACUAUACUGAGCGCAGCUUUUGCUAUGCCCCAUCCACAGGCCGAACCUACUAUAUCACUUCACCUCGCUAUGCAGAGUCUCUGGGGUAUGUGUGUGCUGGGAUUGUGACUGAAAGAAAUGACAUUAUAGUGGCAGGAGAGGCAGGUGCACGAAGAAUGGCCCGACAGAGGGACAUGAAUGUUGAGAUUUACAGGUACAAAGUAGAGGCCCAAGGAAGCUGGGAGCACCUGACGUCAGCAGAAUACCGUGAUUCAUAUGCCGUGGGGUCACUGGGUGACACUCUGUAUCUGCUGGGUGGGCAGAUGAAACUGAAGGAUCAGUUUCUCAUCACUAACUGUGUAGAACGAUGGUCUCUGCAAGGAGGACCUUGGCGCAGUGCAGCACCCCUGCCUAUGCCUUUGGCCUAUCACAGCGUGGUCAAGAUGAAAGAUCGCCUUUAUGUGAUGGGUGGUCGAACGCCUCAGUCAUACCGGAUGGAUGAUGAGCCUGACCGUCUUAGUAACCGCCUCCUGGAGUAUGAUCCAAACACAAAUAAGUGGACAGAGCUAGGUCCCAUGAAGUACUCAAAGUACCGCUGCAGUGCUGUUGUACUCAAUGGUGAAAUUUUUGUGAUGGGAGGUAUUGGCUGUGAGGGUGUUGACUGUGGGCAAUCACGCCGCUGCCUCGAUGCUGUGGAGAUCUACAACCCAGAUGGAGAUUACUGGAGGGACGGACCUCCUCUCCCAUCUGCACAACUCUCACUGCGCACCAAUGCCUCAAACGCAGGAGUGGUGGGAGGCAAGAUCUACGUGUGUGGAUACUACAAAGGAGCAGAUCGCCAUGAUGAUAUAACAAAGGACAUUUUGGAGCUAGACCCAUGGGAGAACCGGUGGACAGUGGUGGCUCGGCACGCUUUAAUGCAUGACAACUAUGACGUCUGCUUAGUGGCAAAACUCAACCCAAGAGGACUCAUGUCCCCACCUGCAGACUUGGUUAAACAGUGACACCCCUGUCAGAUUAGGUCAAAGUCUUUAUGGGAGAAUUAGCAAAAUAAAUUAUUUAUUAAUGCACUUAUUGCUGGGCCAAAGGCAUUCAUUUUUGCAAGCAGAAAAGAUUUCAGUGGCCUGCAUGAAACAGGAUCUGCGCUUAAUGAUUUGCAUGUUGCUAUGUGAGAUUCUCAGGUUUAUGAGAAUAGAAAGAUCAUUUGUAAAUACAGUAUUUUUGUCUUUUUUUAUCUUAUUGUGCAACACCUGCAGAGAUUGAACCCCUGAAACCGUGCAGCUGUGUGGCACAUAGCAUUAUCAGCAACACCAGGAAAGUAUGUCCUUUGACAUUAAACAUACACUAUAGUUAUAAUUAGGGCUGCAACUGACACUUAUUUUCAUUAUAGAUUAAUCAGCCAAUCAUUUCAGUGGUUGUUUAGUAUGAAAUGUUAAAAAAAAUAGUUAACAAAUUGCAUCUCAGGGGCACUGUGAUGUCUUCGGUUUGUAUUUUUUGUCCGAACAGGCCAAAAUCUUAAAUUCAAUUACUGCCCUAUACAACAAAGACAAACAGCAAAUUCUCAAAUUGGAGAAGCUGCAUCCAGAAGAUAUUUUGUAAUUAGUAACUAGUAACUGCUUGUUGCAGCUCUAGUCAUAAUUAUGGACUACGCAUAUACAUCUGAUUAUUUAAUAUUGUAAUAAUCCAUUUGUUUGUUAUUUUUGUGGUAUGCUUGCUUAAGUAUAAUAAAAUGUUUUUUUCUGCAAUAAACAUGCACCUUAGCGAUA